AUGUCAGAAGGGGAGAGCAAGGACAGCUCGGGCAGCGAGUGCCCCGUGUGCUAUGAGAAGUUCCGGGAUCUGGAGGGCGCCAGCCGGACCCUGAGCUGCGGCCAUGUGUUCUGUCAUGACUGCUUGGUCAAGUACCUGCUCUCUACCCGGGUGGAUGGACAGGUGCAGAGGACUAUUGUCUGCCCCAUCUGCCGCUACGUCACCUUCCUCAGCAAGAAGAGCUCCCGCUGGCCCUCCAUGCUGGAUAAGAGCUCCCAGACCCUGACGGUGCCCGUGGGCCUGCCCUCCGUGCCUUCACCAGACCGUGGGGGCCACACAAACCCCCUGGCUGUCUCCCAGCAGGUCUGGAGACAAUCAUCAAGCCAGGGGACUCAGCUCCCCUUGGACCUGCUGCCCACCCUACCCCGGGAGUCACAGGUCUUCAUCAUCAGUCGCCAUGGGAUGCCACUGGGUGAACAAGACAGUGUGCUGCCCCGACGCAGCCUGGCCGAGAUCUCUGAGGCAUCCCCAGCUCCCAGCACCACCCGCUCCUUCUGCUGCCGCUCGCGGGCCCUUCUGCUCAUCACCCUCAUUGCCGUGGUGGCUGUGGUAGCUGCCAUCCUGCCCUGGGUACUGCUGGUGAGAAAGCAGGCAUGA